GAGCCAGUCGCUCGGCCUGCGUUGGUUUACUGACACGAAGUUGCUGACUCGAUAAUUCCGUCUCCAUUCGGGGUCUGGGUUUGCCUGCCACCACCUGCUUGCCUGUCCCAUAAAUUGCGGAGCAGGUAUUCCCAAGGGUGCCUGGUCUGGAGAGGCGAAGCUCUUGAAGUUUUGCUGCUCUGCAGUAGAAUCUUGAAUUCAAGAGCUCCUGACAGAAAAAAGCAGAGAGAGACACCUGAGGAGCAAGCAGAAAGUUGAACGUUGAACCCCCCUUUGAGCGUGAUUCGAGGGAGUCCACCGUGGCGUUUCUGUUAGAAGUGGAUUCUGAUAAGUUAUCGUGGACCUUUCUAUAGCGAGUCCAUUGCGAUGGACGCACCACGUGAAGAGUCGCAAGAUGCGGGAAAUCGUCACGUGGCAGUCUCACUGGCGUCUCUUCCGGGGCCACCGUCGCUGAUGGAUCCUCUGCUGGCGCAUAAUGAGACUCCCCCUCGGCCUGCUCGGAAAAGAUUUCCCUUGCUCCUCUCCUUCUCCCUCUUCGCCUGCCUUUUCGCCAUCAUUCUGCUGCUACUAAGGCCAAGGCUGCCCCAGCCGCACAGUCAGGAACGUGCAGCGAUGCAGCCACUCCCGCCACACUUGCAGAUACCUGCUGCGAUGCACCCGCCAGAGCCGCACAGUCAGGAUCGUGCAGCGAUGCAACCACUCCCGCUGCACGUGCAGGUGCAUGCUGCGAUGCAGCCACAGCCCCACGUGCAGAUCCAUGCGACGAUGCAACCAGGGCUGCGCAACAACGUUGCGCCUGUUCGCUUCUUUGCGUUUGGAGACUGGGGCAGGAACGGCACGUUCAACCAGUCCCUCAUCGCCAAGCAGAUGGGGUUGAUCGGCGCUCACAUGGCCCCCCAGUUCGUUGUCUCUCUGGGGGAUAACUUCCUCGAGCUGGGUCUGCCAGACGUGAAUGCCCGGCAGUUCUCGCAAUCCUUCACAGAGAUCUACACCCACCGCAGCCUGCAGAUCCCCUGGUAUGCAGUCCUCGGCAACCACGACUACUACGGCAAUGUCUUGGCCCAGUUGCACCCCGCCUUGGCCAAUCGCGACCCUCGGUGGACCUGCCGCCGCAGCAUGGCCCUGUCCCUGCCCAUCUGCGCUGAAAAUGACGGGCAGAGCGUUGACCACGUUGACCACUUUGACUCUGUUGGCUCCAAGGGGCAGGGCGUUGACCCUGUUGACUCUGUCGGCUCUGGUGGGCAGAGCGUUGACUCUGGUGCCCAGGGCGGUGACCACAUUGACUCUGGUGGGCAGGGCGUUGACUGCGUUGACUUUGUUGACCUGUUUCUGUACGAUUCCAUGCCUCUGAUUCCUGCGUACCGGCACAAGGCGGGGAGGAGGGUGGACUGGCGGGGGCUCAACACAGGCAACUGGAGCCGACAGGAGGAGGCUCAGCUGCAGGAGCUGGAAGGCUGGCUGAGCAACUCCCAGGCGCGGUGGAAGGUGGUGGGGGCACACCACCCCGUGUUCAGCUACGGGAAGCACGGCGAUCAGCAGGAGAUGGUUGAAAGGAUAAAACCACUGCUUGAGAAGUAUGGCGUUGACGUUUACAUCAACGGGCACGAUCACAACAUGCAGCACAUAAAAAAGGAUGACAGUCCGGUUCACUAUUUCACGGUGGGUGGGGGAUCCAAGGCGUGGCGAGGUGAUGCCCCCCCCGUCGCUCCAGGCUUGCGCUUCUUCUUUCCUGGCCAGGGUUUCAGUGCCAUGCAAGUCUCUAGGGACUCCCUUACAGUCUCGUUUUAUGGCGUUUUUGGAGACCUCAUGUACUCCACCACUCUCAAGAAGUGACUGUCCCUCCCCGACUUGCGUUGAUAUGCUUUCGACAUUUAUUUAUACCUAAAAUCAAGCUUGAUUUGAUAUCUCUGCUUAGAAAUUGUCCUGUAACGU